AUGGCGGGCAUCGAACAACUCGAGGUUCACAGCAAGUCCUAUAUUGUACGCUGGGUUAAGGUUGAGCAGGGCUUUAGCAUCUCCUGGAACCUCCAGCCUCACAAGAAAUCUUUAAACUUUGGUAUUGUCAAGCACCCCGGCUCUGGCGGAACGAACCUCACUGCCGCGCUUCCCGACGUCGACUCGAGCACCCUCACUACCGUUGCCGACGCCAAAUCCAAAACCUUUGCCAAAAAGGACUCCUCCACCGCCCAGGACCAGUUGGCCUCCAAAGGUUUCAUACCCAUAACAUGGCAUGGAAAAUGCGAAGCCGACAAGGUGUCCAUGGGCAUCUUCGACGUCGGCCACAAUCAGGGUGGCAUGUACGGCCUCGUAUUCGACAACACCUUUUCUAAACAGACAGGAAAGACGGCAACUUUUGUUCUCUUAAUCUACCCUACCGAAUCGCCGCCGCAGACGACCCACCACCUACCGAACCUCGGAAUCACGAACAAGGCUAGCACGAGCAGCACAAGCCUUGGCCGACACAACAGUCCUCGCCUGAAUCCCGUCGCUGCGGGCUCCUUUGACAGCUUGCAUAGCCACUCCGCUACCGGUCAGAAUGCUGCGUCUGUUUCCGGUCGCAGCGAGCCCGGGCCUAAUGCUCCCGCAACAUACCAUGUCGGCAAUUUGCUAAAGCGCAGGAGGAAGAAGGGCCAGGGAUACGCUCGGCGCUUCUUUUCUCUCGAUUACUCGUCGUGCACAUUAUCCUACUACCAUAGCCGUGGAUCGUCUGCCUUGCGUGGCGCCAUCCCGCUUAGUCUUGCCGCCAUCGCCGCCGACGAGAGCCGUCGCGAGAUUAGCAUCGAUUCGGGUGCCGAGGUGUGGCAUCUCAAGGCGUCGAACGCCAAGGAAUUUACCGAAUGGGCUCGCGCCCUGGAGAGGGCCAGUCGCAUCGCUCGCGGACUUGAGCCCGCUCCACAACCCGCUACCGCAAUCCCCCGCUUGCAGGUUGAGGCUGCGCAAGCCUUUAGGGCCCUACCUGUGACGAAAAUCAACCCCGAAGAGGAAAAGGAAUGGCAGCAGGUGGAGACCCUCGUGAGUCGCAUCGUUGGAACCCGUGAUGCGCUGCGCAGAUUAGUCAAGGAUAUCGCGAAUCAGGCUGGGUCUGCUUCUUCUUCUGUUGCUGCUUCUGCACCCGCUUCCGGACAUUCCGCCACUAGCGCUGCAAGCCCCGCCGAUGCCAACGGUCAUGCGACACCAUCUCAGCAACCUGAGAGGCGAUCAUUAUUCUGGAAGCGCAAACCAAGCACGUCAGCUCUGGCUGCCCUGGCCGCCACACAGGCUGCAACUGCUCCGUUACAGUCGGGCUCUUCGACACUCGCCGUGCCGAGCCAUCUUGGCCUCACCACUACGAUAUCUGCCGAUAGAUCUACUAGCAAGAGCGAAAAGCGCAAGUCGAGGAGUGGCAGUCAUCAUCACGAGGAGCUCUCGACGGAGGAGCAUUGCCAGGCGCUACUGACUGACUUGGACUCGGUGCUCGCCGAGUUUACUAGCCUCAUCUCGAGGAGCAGGCGGAGGAGGCAGCUGGAGCACCCGCACUCGCCGGCGCUCUCGAGGAAGAGUAUCGAUUCGACCACUACCGAUGAGUUUUUCGACGCCGAACAGGGCGGCGGCGUCGGUGGAGGAGAGGUGGAUUCGCGAAUCGUUAGGAUCCAGCGCAGCGAAGAUGAGCCUCAUUCGGACGCCGAUUAUGUGUCGGUGCAUAGCUCGUCCGGGUCUUCGACGGUGUCCGACGAUGAGACGGUAGCGCUAGGCGGAACGUAUCAGUUCUUCCCCCCCAGGCCAAAGACGCUCGCGCCCUUGCCCAUCCAAGAAGUCGUUAAGCGACGCACGACGAUACCGCCCGCGACGACGUUGCCGCCCAGCCUCAUCGCGUUUUUCCGAAAGAACGUCGGCAAAGACCUGAGCACGAUCAGCAUGCCUGUCUCUGCCAACGAGCCGGUUUCCCUCCUGCAAAAGGUCGCCGAGCAGCUCGAGUACGCGCAACUCCUUGAUCAGGCGGCGAAAGCCCGGCUUGAAAAGGAGCGCAUGCUCUACGUGGCGGCAUUCGCCGUGUCGCAGUUCAGCAACGCGCGGGCGAGGGAGCGCGCCGUGCGCAAGCCGUUCAACCCGCUCCUAGGCGAAACCUACGAGCUGAUCCGCACCGAGUCCGACGUCCCUGGCGGCUUCCGCCUACUCGUGGAAAAGGUUUCGCACCGACCCGUGCGGCUCGCGAUGCACGCCGACUCUGCCAACUGGUCGUUCACGCAGGCGCCCGCGCCGUCGCAGAAGUUUUGGGGCAAGAGCGCCGAGAUCAACACGGAGGGCCGGGUGCGCAUCGCGUUGAGGCUGGCGGACGGGUCGGACGAGUUUUAUUCGUGGAAUAUCGCCACGAUGUUCCUGCGCAACGUGGUCAUGGGCGAAAAGUACGUUGAGCCCGUGGGCACGAUGAACGUCGUCAACGACAGCACGGGCGCCAAAGCCACCGUCGAGUUCCGAAGCAAGGGCAUGUUCGGCGGCCGCGGCGAGGACGUGCAGGUCGAAACGUACAGCGCCGAGGGUGUCCACACAGGCAGCAGCCUCUCUGGCACAUGGACGGGUGGACUCCGCAUUGUCGAGGCUGGUAAAGCGGCUGGCGUAGAAAUCUGGAAGGCGGGGCCUCUCGCGGAGAAUGCGACGCAGGCGUACGGGCUCACGGCGUUCGCCGCAUCCCUCAACGAGAUCACCCCCGUCGAGAAGGGCAAACUGCCUCCCACGGACUCGAGACUACGACCCGACCAGAGGCUCGCCGAACAAGGGGACCUCGACGAGGCGGAGGAAUGGAAGGUUAGGCUCGAGGAGGCGCAGCGCGCUAGGCGGCGCGUCAUGGAGGAGAAGGGAGAGGCGCAUCGGCCGAAGUGGUUCGUCAAGGUGGCGGAUGGGGUUGAAGGAGAUGAGGUUUGGAGGUUUAAGGGGGGGAAGGAAGGGUAUUGGGAGGAGAGGGCGAAGGGGACUUGGGGGGGUAUUGAGAGGAUUUUUGAUGCGUGA